AUGGUUAGUAUUCUUGAAAACAGAGCAUUUCGGCAUAAGCGACUGAUAGUAUGUUGUGACGGGACGUGGGAGGAUGGCACAUCGUCAGAAAUCAACUCUCCAGUCACCAAUAUCACUCGCAUCUGUCGUGCCAUUAACGGAUAUGCCAAAGUGGUUAUUGAGGGCGUGCCAACAUUAGUCCCCCAAAUCACCUACUACCAGAAGGGCGUCGGCACGGGUGUUUUAGAUCGCUAUAUUGGAGGUAUGUCCGGAGCUGGGCUCAGCGCAAAUGUCCGAGCAGCAUAUGCCUUCCUGGCAGAAAACUUUGACGAGGGCGAUCAAAUUUAUUUCUUCGGCUUCUCGCGAGGCGCCUAUACAGCCCGCGCCGUGGCUGGGCUAGUGGCCGACAUGGGCCUUUUGACGAACCGUGGCAUGGACAAUUUCAGCAUUGUCUACAAUGACUAUUACAAGAACAAGAAGCUGGGAUACGACGCCGAGACCCGCGCACGACUAGGGUUUCGACCUCCUUUACCUCGCUUCACAAUCCAGGUCAUCGGCGUCUUUGAUACUGUUGGCUUUCAUGACUUUCAUCUCACAGCUCGUCUAUUUGGCGAGAAGUUUGAACUUCCCAACACCAUACUCUCGCCUGACGUUCGCUAUGCCUUUCAUGCACUAUCCUUGGAUGAAAGACGAGGCGCGUUUUCUCCCACUCUCUGGCAUUCUCCCCAGAAAGUUCCCGACCAACAGCUUCUCCAGGUAUGGUUUUCGGGGGCGCAUGGAGACAUCGGUGGCGGCGAGGAAGAUCCUCGUCUGUCAAACAUCGCGCUCGCGUGGAUGAUUCACCACUGCACUAAAAAUAAUCAAUUGGACUUCAACCUGGACUAUUUCUUCCCGGACCCGGCGCCGGCAAUGGAAGACGCCAUUAUCCCCUGGGCCACCAGCCUGGGCCAGGAAGACUAUUGGCAUUUCACACAAUACAUGGAGGCGCUGUUUUUUGGAAUGAAGAACCGCACCCCAUUAGCCUAUCUUGACGGAAACGAGCAAAUUGGAUACACGAAUGAAUGGAUUCAUGAGUCGGUCAAAGACCGCAAGAUCAACAAGUUUGACAAGGCCACGGUGCCGUUUAGAUUCUGGCCAAGUAAGGUGUUGGCACGCCGACUUGACUCCAACGCAUGGGAGCUCAAGGACGGAAAUCAGAUCCAUGAGGUGAAAGCUGCAGAACUCGAGCUGUUCCUCAAGGGGCGAAUACGAACAGUGCGGGCUCUUCAGGUUGAUCUGGCGUAA